GUCAGAUGACCGCAGCACCUCACUGGUUACUUCAGUGACUUCAGCUCCUGGACCAAGUCAGCCUGCUGAAGGCGGCUCUGUCCAUAGGACGACCUAUUUCGUCUGGUCCGGUUGUCGGGUGUAAUCCUGAACCGUAUACUAUUUUUUUUGCAUCUGUGUCUCAAGUAGCUUCGACAGCUGGUAGGCCAGAUUCACGAUCAUGCUUUUCGUGAAGCUUCUCCUUUCGUUGCUGCUGAUCUCUCCGCUCCAGUCCAAUGCUGACGGAACGGAGUCAAUUAGGCAAGAGUCCGUCAGUUCGGACGGAACGCUGACGGAGGAGCACAUUGCUUCUGAGAUGAUGGACUGGCUGGUGGAACGAGGAGUCACAGGACUGACUCCGAAUUCCCCGUUACAGAUUGUUGUGGGAAGGUCACGUGGCAACCGCGGGCUAUCACGCACAAGGCGUGGUCUCUCCGUGGUAGCAGCACGUGACUUGGUCGAAGGCGAGCCUCUCUUCUCCCUCCCCCCCUCCGCCUUCAUCUCUCCCGAGCAGCCCAUCACCUGCCCACCCCUACCCCUCACUCCCGACCUCUCCCCUCUCGCCGGCUGGCCCGCCUUCUCAAUCCUCGCUGCGUGGAUCCUGAGGGAGAGGAGGAAGGAGGAGAGCGGGGAGGGGUCGCAGUGGGGGUGUUUGUGCGCUCGCUGCCUGAGUAUGUGCCGCUCCCGGCGUUCUUCCCCGAUGAUCUGAUCCAGGAGUUUGAGGUCCAGAGCAUGAUUGACCAUGCUUUUCCUACCGCUCAACCUUUGAGUCGGAGUAUUUGCAGUGCGACAAGGCAGCCAUUGCGAAUGCAACAAAAGAGGAGUUCGCGUGGGCCAUGGCGAUCGUAUCCUCCCGUGCGUUCAGCAAAGCAGCCAGCGCCAGCGCAAGCAACGGCAGCUGCAGCAACAAUGACAGCAGCAGCAGCAGCAGCAGCAGCGUUGAUGGUCAGAGCAGCAGCAGCGCUGACGGAUGUGGUGUGUCUGUUGCGAGACAGGCCACGGGGUCAGCAACGCAGUAUGUGACGGCGCUCUUCCCCCUGGCUGAGCUGUUUGACCACCACGACGCCAACAACAUCGGCUGGCAGACGGACGAGCAGACCGACACCAUUGUCGUUCGGAGCUACGCCGCCCUGCCAGCUGGCAGCCAGCUGUACAACAGCUAUGGAACAAAAACCACCGACCUGUUCCUUCAGGCGUACGGCUUUGUGCCGCCCGCCAACCCGCACGACUCCUUCCCCCUCACCGCCUCAGAAUCAGAUCUCGCAAACAUCUACUAUAAGCACUACGCGAAUGCGACCAUAAAGGAGGGACGGAAGGGCAUGUUUGACCUCUGGGCGGAGUACCUUUUGAGGAGGACGAGCGAGGAUGUGAGGGUGGCGAAGGAGAAGGCGGAGGAGGAAGUGGGGGUGAUUGGGGGGCCGAAGACAGAUGUGUUCGAGGAGGGGAGCGCGCAUGCAGUGUGGGCAGGAGGGCAGGUCGACCCGAGAAUGCUCUUGUUCCUGGCGUCAUUGUGGCACGUGUUUGGAUAUGGGGAAGAACCUAACUAUUCUGGUUUGGCCCAAGCCUCGGUCUGGUUUGGGUGGCAUGCGUACAGUGGAACUUGUGCUGACAUGGCAAAAUCCAUCGGCCUGACAGAUCACGAGCUCACAAGCCUUCUUGCCGGAGCUGAUCUGGUUCGGGAGGAGGUUCGGCAGGUCCUGGCCAGCUGGUCCACGUCUAUCGAUGAGGAUCGGCGGCGCCUGAAUCAACUUGAAAAAUGCUGGUGGGUUGAUGGGAAGAUUGAUGGCGACGAGGGAAAUAGGGUGGAGAAGGGAGAUGGAGUGGGAAGGGGAGAGGGAGGAGAAGAAGGGGAAGGAGAAGACGCAGGUGAAAGUGUGGAGGAACUUUGCACAGAGGAGGUGGUUCGAACGCUAACAGAACGGGAGCUGGUGCUACAGUACCGUAUCGCUAAGAAGAAGCUGCUUUAUGAAGUGUACAAUCGACUCGAGGAGGGGUGCUCUUCUUUCCUGACCUCGGAGGAAGUCACAGAGUUUUCACCUGAUUCAUUAUUGGAAGCUCCGCGUUUGCCUGUGGUGGAACAUGACGAGCUGUAGUUUGUAAGCUGCAUGAACCCGAUAGUACAGGGGAAUGCACAUAUUUCUUACUUCAUCUGCUAAGAAUGGAUUGGUUGACUUCAAUACCGUAAGCAGAAGGGUCUCACUCAGAUAUCAGACGAAAUCGGUCUGAUGGUCUGAAAAUCAGACCUGUUUUUUUCCAUUCGUCUUA